UCACACUGGGGUGCCGCAUCUGACGCUUCGCCAUUUUCAAAUUGAGUUAGCGACGCCUAAAAACGGCACUUUUCUCACCCAGAUUAUAUAUAUUAUUAAAUUGCCCCAUAAAGUUUAUACUACGCCCCUUAAUCGCCGCCAUGCAGCGCCACAAGGAACUAUACAAAGAACAGUCUUUGGUGCUGAGUCCGCGCAACCACAUACAGACCAAUAGGGAGCGACAGCAGGAGCGGCGCGCCAAAAACAGAGAGGAAUGCUUUCAAAACAACCGUAUAAUCAGUGUGAGUCCCACUCCGGUCAAAGUUAAGCCGCAAAAGCAAGCAAUGCCACAGUUGCCGACCCAAGAGGCACCCAAGGAGAACGAGGCGCCACCAAGUGAGCAGCAGCAGAAUCCUAGCCAGGAGGUGCCGCAGAAUAAAAAAGAUAGCAAAACAGCUCGCCACCAGCAGUUCCUGGAGCGCUUCAAGAAAUGGAAUGCCGCGAAAAAGGAGGAACACAAAAUGCAAGAGCAGUUGCGCCGCGGCCAGCCCGUUAAGCCUUCUGCGGGCCCUGCCAUUAAGAAGGCUACUGCGAUGCCCACAUCGGCGGUAUUCCGAGCGCCCGUCAUCCUGCAGCGUCCGCCCCAGGAGGAGGAGGAGAGUGUGCCUGUUUUUAAACCACUCCAGAAGCGGCAGUCCCUCUACAUCGUUGUCAAUCCUAAGGGCAAGGUAAUGGAACAGAAUCAAGUCGCCGCAGCGCCUCAGGCGAGCAGGCCUAGAAUCCAGCAGGCUAUACAAUCCAGAGUGCCAAGCAAGCCGCCAGCUGCGGUAGCUAAGCCAGCUCCAGCAAGAAAGCUAGCUCCUGCUCUGCCUUCAGUAAGAAAAGCAGCUUCUGUGGCUCCUGUGCCAACCAAACGGGUGCCUGCAGUCAUGCCGGCAAGCAAGCCAGUGGCUUUGAGCAGGCCAAAGACAUCAGUGCAGCCGCAGGCAGUGAAAACCAAAACCGUGGAACGAAGGCAAACCAUCCGUCCUACAGUGCCUGCCACCGCAACCAAAACUACUCUGCAAACUAGCGGUCUCAAGACCCCAGUGCAUCUAGCGUCCGCAAAGCUAUCCGCUGCAGCCCAACCGCGUCCGAAACUGGCCAAUGUUAUGACUCAGCCCUUCGAGAAGCCCGCCGUGAACAGAGCACAAGCCGUAGGUCGGGCUAAUAUAGUGAAGCCACUGCCCAUACGAGGCGGGGCCGCUGGCAAAUUCAAAGCGGCAGGUAUGGCUAGCAAAACUGCUGGCACAGCCAACAAGGCGGUAGGUUUAGCCAAUAAGGCAUCCUUUCAUCAGCCAGUUCGGAUGAAGGCCACCAAGGAAAAGAGCAAGUACACAAGAUUGGAGGAGAAUGCCCGAAAGCUGCCACAACUUAAGACUGAACUGGUUCGGGCGGCGACUGAUGUGAUUCCACAUACGCCGCUGGAGGCGGAUCAAACUGAAAAACCUUUCUUCGCCCAGUCCACAUCCACGCAGUACAAAACCAACAAUUGUAGCGGCAGUCUCCAAGAGGUUUUUGGCGACGUCACCGCAUUGAGUCCGGUGGCAUCGGGCAAAAAAGGGGGAGACAGUAUGGCUAAGCGGAAGCUGUUGCCAGCUGUUAACUCUAAGAAACCAGGUUCGGGUUCCAAGAAGAAGUUCAACUUUACUCGCUACUCGGUGGCCAAUUCAGAGGCGAACGAGUCAUUGGCCUUGGAGCCACUCCAGACAACAGUUCAAGGAGAUGACGGAGAAACCACGCUCGUGCAGACACCGCCACAUUCCAUUCCAGUUAAUGGGGAGGACGGUGAAGCCACAUUCGUGCCGGCAGUGGAGAAGACUCCGCCACGCCGCGACUCUGAGGGCAAGUCCAACUAUCUCAGUCCCUUUGUGAGUGUUUCGCGCGGCAAGGUGAACUCCCGUAGCGAGCGGGAUAAACGGAAUAGCUUUUACUUGCAAGACGGGGAGACGCCGGCGGAAGUACGUCGGGCCAUUGAAUCCGUCCUGUACUUCCGGUUGCAGUUGGAAGAGGAGCUCACCCGGCUGGAAGCACUCUGCAGCGAUUGGGAGGCGUACAGCAAGUCCAACGAGGAGCGGCUGCAGGAGACAGGCGGCGGUGACAUGAUCAACGUGACAGUGGGUCAGACGCGCCUGCUUACCACAAAGAAGAUGAUGCAGUUCAAGGGCCUGAUUGAUCGGUGCGAGGCCGGAGCUAUGUGCAAGAACCAACUGCCGAACGAUGGCAGCGAGGACACAAAGCCGGUGCAGCCAUCGGAUCUGGAGGGCUGGUGGGACAUGUUGCGGCUGCAGAGCGAGAACGUGGACAAGCGCUUCGCGAGCCUGGAGCGUUGGAAGGCGAAUGAUUGGCUGGACCCGGAUGCAGUGCCAGAGGAAGCAAGGAAGCCGGAGCAGGCAAAAGCCAAGCCAAAGGCAAAGCUCAGCCGCAAGGUGAAUAUGAAGGCAAAGGCCAAGCCCAGCAGCAAUUUGCAGCAGUUCCUCCGCAAAGCACAUGCCAACAUGAAAAAAACCAAACUGGAGGAGGCGCCAAUGGACGAUGGUAUCCCAGCGACGCCAUCGCGCCGCAGCUCGCAGCGCGUUGUCGUGGUACGAGACCGCAGAUCCUUCUCGCCGGCCCGCACAGUCCUUCGUAUGUCCACUGGCGAAGGACGCUCCUCCAUUGCACCGAAUACGCUGCUGAAAACAGCCCUGAUUGCAGCCGCGGAGCAGAACGCUGUCGACAAGACGCCACCGCCGAAAUCUCGCCCCUCCAUUCUGAAAACACCGGGCACCAUGAAGCGCCAGAACCGCGGGGUCAUCUUCAGUGCCAAGAAGAGCGUUCGUCGCUUCAAGUUUACUAUCGAGGAGGGCAACAUCAGCACCGAGGAGAAAGUGGGCGCAGACAAGCUGGAGGACUGCGAGGAAGACAUGUCCCUGGAGACGUCCACCGAGCGUAGGUCCUUGGAUCAGGACAUGACAGCGAUCGCCCAUGACGGAAACGAACAAACUCCUCGGACUUACGGGCUGCGCAACCGUAAAGUCCGUCUCCGUCCGUCGUCGGAGUUCAUGUAAUAUUGUUUUAUUUGAAUAUUUUAAUUGUAUUUGGCGUUGUUUUAGUUUUAUGUUAUAUAUCAAGAUUUUAUUAAUUGUAUAAUUGUCAUUUUGCGCAGAUGAAAGCAUGCACAGUACGUAACAAUUGGUUUAUAAUAUUAAAUAAAUUAUCAUUACCAGAAAA